UGCGAGGGUUGGAAACCGAAAUCCAGGAUCAGUGGUCCGUGCACCGUCUUUUGACUCAAUGGUACAGUCACUAAAGCCAAUCUCUGACAAUAGCGACAUCUUGUUCGCGGUGGCCCCUGUGAAUAGGAUGCAAUAUCUUGUGUUGUGGAUUCGUGGGCGGCUCGCUAAUCACUCGGUGUCUCCGCGUUUCCAAGACAUACUCCAAACCUUGGGUACCAAGACGGGGAAUUCUAUCUAGCAUGAAGGACUUGUAAUUCUCCAAAAUUACUCCAAUCGCGCGAAAAUCUCAUGAACAGUUACUACAAAUGGAUAACUCCACACACAUUCCAACGAACAACACCAUUCUCAUGACGAUACCCUCCGUGGCAUGGGGAUUCCACGGCAACUACGAUGACUUUGUGAAGAAUGAACUGGUACCCGUGGACACUCCGCCCACCGAUGGAUCCUGCGCUAUAUGUCGGCUCGAUUUCGCCCACCAGGACCAAGGAGAAGAGGAGCCAUCUGAUGAGCACGACUUCGGGAAUACGACCCAGGCCAGAAUCCUUGCUGCUGCAAUAGCCGCAGCAAUGGUCAAAGAAACUCCCCAUGACAAUGUCGUACAGAUUUGGAAAUGUAAUCAUUUUUUCCACAAAGAUUGCAUUUGCACUUGGAUUACCGGAGACGUCGCUGCUACGGUCGCUCGUCGAUCAUGUCCGCUAUGCAAGACCGAACUCGUUCGGUACGACCCCCUGGCUCGAGCCAGAGCUGUAUACCGCGAGAUUCGUACCCGUCAGGAAGCCAUAAGUGGGCUAAAGGAGCUAUACUCCAAUGCCUUCACGACGCGCAUGAAGAUGCAAGUUCUCAGAAUAAACAUAGACAGACUCAGGCAAGACUUCAGUGACGAAUUCAAUGUUCUAUCUACGAGCUCUAGAGAACAUCUCCACGGCCAACUCCAACAUCUCAUGGAAACAGCUGAUAUCACGGAAGGACAACCAUACCUCGAUCAAUUCGACCAACUCUUUCUUGGCGGCUGCAGCGUUUCUGACAGCAUAGAACUCAUGUACCAGUAUCAGCUCGGCGGGGCCGAAGCAAGAUUCCAAAGCAAGAAAAGGGACAUAAAAGUGCAGCUCGAACCCGUGUACCAGCAACUCAAUGACGCGGAGCAAAUCCUCAAGGAACUGGCUCUAGACGUCUACCAAAGCUGGCACUACGACACCGAGCAAGCUAAUGCAGCGCUACUUGAAGAUUUCGGUACCGAUACUCCCUCGCCUGAUGAAAUAAGUCCUUGGCUACUUGGCCCAAUCGGGGGGUAUCCUAGUGUGCAGACCGAGUUACACUAUGCCCGUAUCGAUGCUGAGUGGUUGCGCAAAAAGGCUGCGUGGACCAAGUACUGGUUGAAGCAGGCGGAAAGAACCGGUGUACCGCCCAUGGAUGUAGGACUCGCAGAGGACGAGUAUCAUGAGAGUACGGCUGGGGAGGGUGAACAACCGAGUGUGGUGGACAUUGAGGAUCCGGGUGAGCAGGAGGAAGGUCAACAUCAAGAUCAAUCGGAAGAGUAUGGGGGUGUCGAGUAUACUGAGGACGUUGACGAAGCGGAAUAAGAUCCGAGCGUCGUGUAUACUGAGAACGUGGACGAGCAGGAGGAAGGCCAAUAUGAACUUGAACAUCAAAUGGCAGAGGAAAACUUGGCCUUUGGAUCCAAGGCUCAUGCUUUAUAGCCAUUGAGGCUCAAAGUUGGUCGAGCAGCGCGGUUGCUUAAUCGGGGUGGUUGCGGUGAGAGAGGAAGUCGCCCAAUUGGGUUAGCGUGCAAACGACUGUAUUCCCAAACAUUACC